AUGAAUGGGCUCUGGAGCCGUCUCAGGAGCCCCUCAAAACCAAGCAUCAGAUCUGCAGAGGCUGAAUGCGGUGCAGAUCAGGGUAUAAAUCCGCUCAAGUCACCCGACAGUGCGUCGUUGUCAGAGUCGUCCAUCAGGGACGCAGGACCCUGGACGCGGGGUAAAAUCUUGACAUUGUCGAUCCUAGCCUUCUUUGCGCUAACCCUGAUCGUCGUUGCUGUCACGGUUCCCGUACUUCUGGUGAAAAGGAAUCGGUCUCACGAUGAUCCUAGCUAUCACGACGCGGCAAACCGCCCAGUUCAAGUCCUCUCUGACUUUCCAGAUCCUGGUUUACUUCACGUGAAUAACACCUGGUACACGUAUGGCACCAACGCAGCCAAAAACGACUCCGAAGUGCCUCAUGUACCUGUCGCGACUGCGACGGUCUUUAACUCGUGGACGCGGCUUGAGGACCAUGACGCAAUGCCCUCAUUGAGUAGCUGGGAGACAAAGAUCAAUCACUAUGCCCCCGACGUGAUUCAACGCGAUGACGGGCGAUUCGUGCUCUAUUACUCCGGAGAACUCAAAGACUGGCUCUACCACCACUGCGUAGGCGUCGCCGUCUCCAAUGGCACGAACCCAGCAGGGCCCUUUAUGCCUCAGAGCAAACCUCUCGCCUGUCCACGCAAUCAAGGUGGCGCAAUUGACCCAUCUCCAUUCCGUGACGUCGACGGCAAGCUCUACGUCGUGUACAAAGCCGAUGCCAACAGCAUCGGCCAUGGCGGCGAUUGCAAUAAUGGCAAGAAGCCCGUCCUCGCAGUCCCCAUCCUGCUCCAGGAGCUAGAGGCGGACGGCGUGACUCCCGUCGGCAACCCGGUCCAGAUCCUCCAGAAUGACAAAAGCGACGGCCCGCUGGUAGAGGCGCCAAAUAUCCUGCGCACCCCCCAGGGUAUCUAUUAUCUGUUCUUCUCUUCCCACUGCUUCACGUCGCCGAAGUAUAAUGUCAAGUAUGCCUACGCCACCUCAUUGAAGGGACCAUAUACCAGAGCCAACCGGCCAUUGCUCAAGACGGGCGAUUUUGACCUUAUAUCGCCUGGUGGCGCCACUGUUUCUAGAGACGGAACGAAAAUGGUGUUCCAUGCGAAUUGCGGGAAGUUGCGAUGUUUAUAUGCUGCUGCUAUCACGAUUCAUGCAAACUCAACCAUUACACCCUCUUCACUAUGA